GAUUAUGCCAAAACUGGCCACACUGCAGGACGCGGCAUUUUCUGUGUUGACAGCGUACGAUCGUUGCAAUUGUAACCUAUUUAAAAUUUCAAACAAUAUUAUUUGCAUGUGUGAUUAUAACGUUGUAGGAAGUAUGUACUAAAGAGCUUGUGCACUAUUUGUACGAAUCAAGCUUAUCUUAUUUAAAAAUUAGUGAAUCGAAGAUUUAUCAUUUAAGCGUUUACAAUUAUUUCUCAUGACAAAAUUAUAAAUAAAAUCUCAUUAAUUUCAAAUAAUCACGAGCAAGAAAAAUGUCAGGACCAAUGGUAUUAUGCCAGUUAUGGAUGGGAGGAUUAGAGCCAUAUAUGACAGAGAGUUUUAUUAUGAAUGCUUUUCAUAAAAUGGGAGAGCAACCACAAACUGUUAAAGUAAUGAGGAAUCGUUAUACUGGUGAACCAGCAGGUUAUUGUUUUGUUCAUUUUCCAACUGAUGAGAUGGCACUUGACGCAAUGCACAAACUAAAUGGCAAAGUUAUUCCUGGUUCUAAUCCAGCUGUAAGAUUUCGAUUAAAUCAUGCUAGUACAACGGGAAAACCAGCGGCUGAACGAGAAUUCAGUAUUUGGGUCGGAGAUUUAUCAACAGACGUCGAUGACUAUUCUUUGUAUAGAGCAUUUGCUGCCAAAUAUAAUUCAAUUAGAACUGCAAAAGUAAUUUUAGAUAGUUCUGGGUUUAGUAAAGGAUAUGGUUUUGUUAGAUUUGCUAAUGAGGAAGAGCAGAAAAAUAGUCUGGUUACUAUGAACGGAUACAGAGGACUGGGAACAAAGUCGUUAAAAAUUUGCAAUGCUGUUCCUAGGCCCUGGAAUAAACUGUCAGGUUCUACUCCUCCGCAAUCAUCGUCUGAAUAUACAGCAUCGAAUAUGAAUUCGGAUUCGUAUAACUACUAUGAUACGUCGUCGUAUUGGAACAGUUACAGCGCGUGGCAACAAGGUUACUAUGAAAGUGAACCUACGUCAGACGGAUAUAAUAGUUAUGUAUCGGAUCAAAAACCUGAAGAAGAUGAAUUGGAAUUGAUUGAGCAUUCAAUUCCUACAGAUAUCGAUAAACUUAAUAGAGAAAUAAUAGAACAAGACUAUAAUUUGUGGGAUGCAUUGGAAAGUUCAAAAUGGAUACCGUGUGAUACACUAGAAUUAUGUUAUUAGAGAUCCUUUAUAUGCAUUAGUUUUAUUUCUUACGUUUGUUCCUUACUUCAUUAAGAAUUUAAAUAAAUUUUUAGUCCGUGUACAAACAUUAUAUUGGAAACAAUCUCUAACCAAAAUAUUAUUCUGUAUUCCUUAAACUUUAAGAAUUAUUUAACACCUUUCUUAAGAAUCUUUGACAAUAGUCCUAUCUUGCUAUUGUUUUAACAACAAAGUUACAACAAAUGGGCACAAUAACUAUAUAUCGUAAUCCUAGUGUGAAGGUUUGUUAUUAAAUUCCCGGCUUCAAUGUUAAUUACUAUGUAAUUAAAUGGAGUCUUUUACACAAAAUUGACAAGCCCGGAUGCUGGCACAGCAAACAAUUUUUUAUUACAAUGUAAAGCUAUCUGACAUUGGACUCAGAAUUGUAAAAAAUUGGUGCUGGGGAAAUGUUUGUUUCUUGUUCGAAUUGGAUCACUUCUCGAGUAGCUUCAAUAGAAUACAUAUUGGUAUUUUUAUGAAAGUGAAAAAGAUGAGCAAAUCGUUUAAGGCAGGUUAAUUGAGGCAGUUGAAAAUAAAUCCUGUAUAUGGAAUGAAACUAGAGACUACUACAAUUUGUCAUAAAAAAAUACAAAAUUCAUCCAUGUACCUACACCCUAUCCUCUAUUUCUAAUGUUUUGCGAGAUAUUCGAGUAAAUACGUUUUACUGUCUUUACUUUGAGUUAAAUAUGGAAUGCAAAAUCGUUUAGAAAUCUGAAAGAAUAAGUGUAAAAUUCAAUUUAAAAAUCAUCCGACCAGCGACAUAAAGUUUGAAUAACCGAAUGUUACAAAUUUUCGAGAUCCCGCCCUAAUCUAGAGCUCGGGUACUCGUAUAUCCUUAGUACUUACACAUAUUAGUAAAGCAUAAUGUAUGAAAUAUAAAAUUUUAGUUAUAAUUAAUCUCACCGAGUAGACCG